UUCGCAAUUCUCCAUCCCCGCGCCGUCUCCUCUGUUUUCUUGUGAUGCUGCAGAAUGUUCCGUACCUCUCAGGUGUAAGGUUGGAUGUACAGUUUUGAGGAAGACUUGAGGCUAUUUCACACGGACUCUCCUGGAUUUAAAAGGUUAAGGAUCUCCGAUGCCAUGCGACCCACCUCCUCUCCUCAGUGAGACAGCCCAUACCUAAACCUCCAGGACCCCACAGGAUAGGAGAGAGAUGUGAAGCCAGCUCUCGGCUCAUGCUUUAAGGCCCGAGAGAGAGACCCAGAGACCCAGACUCUGAGAGUUGUGGGUACACAGCGUUAUCUAAUGGAUGGCAGAGUGACUAAGUGAAGGAAGGAACUCAGAACAGAACUGACGUGAGGUCAUAAUGAGUGGUCAGCAAGGCGAGCCGGCCAUCGGCCACAGCCAUGUUGGUGAGGUCAGGAACAACAACCAGAACAGCCAUGUUGGUGAGGUCGAGAGCAACAACCAGAACCAGCAGGCCGGGGGAGGGGGAGUGGGAGCGGUGAUACCCGAUGGGGAUGCUAAUGCUAACCAGAUGAUCCAGAUGGGGGAGGGGGGCAGCGACGGCGGAGGGGAGAGUACAGGAGGAGAUGUUGACACUCUGCCCCCCCUGAUGUCUCAGACCACUGUGGUGUCUCAGACAGUCACAGAGGAGCAGAAGAACAAGAUCGUCAUCUGGGGGACAGACUCUCAGUGUGACGACCCUGAGCUGGCCGAGUUUGAGAUGUUAGAAUGUCAGGAGCUGGAGGCAUACCUGGUAGAAGAAGAGGAGGAGGAAGAGGAGGCGGAGGAGGUGGUAUGUGUAGGAGUAGGAGUGAAAGGAGGUGCACGGCAGAUCCUCCUGGACCAGCCUGUCUCCAUAGUGGAUCUAGUCUCUGACAGUAGAGAGAGAGGAGGGAGGAGGACUAUUCAACGGGGCUCCGGCGGGCAGGACGCCGCCAUCAUGGACUCUGGAGGAACCAAAGGGACGGCGGAGUAUGUGACGAGGACAGAGUUCAGCUCUGAGAACCAUGUCUUGGUGUCCCGCCUGUCCACUAUGUCCACUCUGGAUGGGAGUCUGGUCAGUGCUCUGGACGCCGCUGGACGGACACAGGCCACCACCACAGACUCCUGGCACGUCCCCUCUGGACCCUCAGGAUCAGACGGGACCAUCUUAGAGGAUCUCACCCUGGCCUCCCAGUCUUGUAUCACCAUCUCAGACCAGUCCAAGGCCUCUCAGCCAUCCAAACAACCUCAGGCUCCAUCUAAAAGCACAAUACAACGAGCUGACCUCGAUCUAAACCAGAACACAACUGUUAGGUCUGGGGAGGUUGUCGUUCCGGAAGCACAAGUCAGUGACAACGUCGUAGUGGGUCGUUGUAAAUGUCAGCAGAACACGGAGGAAGAUCAGGGCAAUGAAAAGCACAACCAGAAUCUGGAGCAGAGGUACCAGGAUGUUAGAGGCAGUGAAGGGAAGGCAGCUGAGGAACACCAAGAUGCUAGAGUUAGUGGGGGAAAGGCAGCUGAGGAACACCAAGAUGCUAGAGGUAGUGGGGGGAAGGCAGCUGAGGAACACCAAGAUGCUAGAGGUAGUGGGGGGAAGGCAGCUGAGGAACACCAGGAUGCUAGAGGUAGUGAAGGAAAGGCAGCUGAGGAACACCAAGAUGCUAGAGGUAGUGGGGGGAAGGCAGCUGAGGAACACCAAGAUGCUAGAGGUAGUGGGGGGAAGGCAGCUGAGAAACACCAAGAUGCUAGAGGUAGUGGGGGGAGAGCAGCUGAGGAACACCAAGAUGCUAGAGGUAGUGGGGGGAAGGCAGCUGAGGAACACCAGGAUGCUAGAGGUAGUGAAGGAAAGGCAGCUGAGGAACACCAAGAUGCUAGAGGUAGUGGGGGGAAGGUAGCUGAGGAACACCAAGAUGCUAGAGGUAGUGGGGGGAAGGCAGCUGAGGACCACAAGGUUAUUCCCCCUGAUAUGAACCACAACUCACCCGCCAAGUUAGGCACAAAUGGGAUUCAAUCUGUUGAAACCAGAAGCUUGAAGAAGCUCGGCUCUUUUGAUAAAACUUCAAAGGAACAAGGCUCCUUCGGACAAAGCAUGAAGAAAACGACUUCAUUUGAACAAAGCAUAAAGAAAACAACCGUGUUUGAAAACACCACAAAGAAGUCGGCCUCAUUUGAUAGAAGUUUGAAGAAAGAACCUUUCUUAGAUAGAACGUUGAUGAAAGAGGCAUCCUUCGACAGAACGUUGAGGAAGCAGGGCUCGUUUGAACGCAGCUCCAGUCCUUCUAGCCUGGAUGGGAGGAAGCCUUGGGGUAGCCCAAGCAGGAGCCCCAGCCGCCCCGCCACCCCUCCCUGGUCCCCCAGGAGACCAGCCCCCUCCUCCCCCGCCAAGACCAGCUCCAGACCUCCCUCCUCCACCUCUCCAGCCAAGGCCAGCAACCAAGCCUCCAGCCAGGACCGCAGCGACUCCCCACAGAGGGGUACCACCAGUGGCCUCAAAGCACCUAGUAAGGUAUGUGUAAUCAGCAGCAUCCCCAAACCCAUCUCCCCUCAGCCACCUGCGGACCCUAGGAGGGCCUCUCCUCACACACCCAAACCCAUCUCCCCUCAGCCACCUGCGGACCCUAGGAGGGCCUCUCCUCACAAACCCAAACCCGCCCGUCCAAAGAUCAUCACGUACGUCCGUAAGAACCCCCAGGGGAAGUCCCAGGGGACGGAGGUUGACCCAAAUGAAGCCUUGACAAUCCCUCUCCGCCUGUCCUCUUCCCACCCCAGCCCUCCUACAGCCCACAGGAAGCCCCACAAGACAGGGCCCCAUUCUAAGGCCUCACAGGUGCUCUGCUCCUCUAAUAUACUAUUUGAUAAGUACCGGCAGGAGAUGCAGAAGGCAGGAUACUUUCCCCCGGGUACCGGCAUGACGUCGCUGGGCAUCAAACCUCCCAGCCACCCUCCUCCUCACAACCUCUCUUUGAACUCUGAGAGCUUUCAUGGGGAAUUGCCUGACAGAUACAUGCAUGAGCUGGCUCCAGCACCUUCACAGCUGGCUCCCCAGGAGGGGACAGGCCUCUACCGUUCCCCCAGGCCCAGAGGGCCCCAGCUGGGGUUAGGGGCCGUCACCCGGCAGCCUGCUGCAGCCAAGAACAGGACUAUGUUCCAGGGCCAGACCGGUCAGAGGUCAGGGGUCGUGACCCUCAGCCAUCCAGGACAGCAACAGGCACCGCCAGGGAACAACCAGGGAAACCACGACUCCACAGCAGACCAGAGGACGCCAGGUCCAGAGACCACCGUGGCCAGGACCCUGCUGCCUAAACCGGGUCAGUCUCGUCUGCGACCCCCAGGCUUCUCGGCCUUGCCACCUGCCCGUCUGGUCGCCUUCGGCUUUGUACGCAGCUCCAGUGUCUCCUCGGUUUCCAGCAACCAAACGACAGUGAGCAACCACAGCGACCCCUGCCGACCCUCCCAACCCUGGCGGUACUACUGCUACCACAAGGCCAGACUGUGUUGUCUGGAGACUGGCAGUACUACUGCUACCACAAGGCCAGACUGUGUUGUCUGGAGCCUGGCGGUACUACUGCUACCACAAGGCCAGACUGUGUUGUCUGGAGCCUGGCAGUACUACUGCUACCACGAGGCCAGACUGUGUUGUCUGGAGCCUGGCGGUACUAAUUCUACCACGAGGCCAGACUGUGUUGUCUGGAGCCUGGCGGUACUACUGCUACCACGAGGCCAGACUGUGUUGUCUGGAGCCUGGCAGUACUACUGCUACCACAAGGCCAGACUGUGUUGUCUGGAGCCUGGCAGUACUACUGCUACCACAAGGCCAGACUGUGUUGUCUGGAGCCUGGCAGUACUACUGCUACCACAAGGCCAGACUGUGUUUUCUGGAGCCUGGUGGUACUACUGCUACCACGAGGCCAGACUGUGUUGUCUGGAGGCUGGCGGUACUACUGCUACCACAAGGCCAGACUGUGUUGUCUGGAGCCUGGCAGUACUACUGCUACCACAAGGCCAGACUGUGUUGUCUGGAGCCUGGCGGUACUACUGCUACCACGAGGCCAGACUGUGUUGUCUGGAGCCUGGCAGUACUACUGCUACCACAAGGCCAGACUGUGUUGUCUGGAGCCUGGCGGUACUACUGCUACCACGAGGCCAGACUGUGUUGUCUGGAGCCUGGCGGUACUACUGCUACCACAAGGCCAGACUGUGUUGUCUGGAGCUUGGCAGUACUUCUGCUACCACAAGGCCAGACUGUGUUGUCUGGAGCCUAUCAGUACUACUGCUACCACAAGGCCAGACUGUCUUGUCUGGAGCCUGGCGGUACUACUGCCACCACGAGGCCAGACUGUGUUGUCUGGAGCCUGGCAGUACUACUGCUACCACAAGGCCAGACUGUGUUGUCUGGAGCCUGGCGGUACUACUGCUACCACAAGGCCAGACUGUGUUGUCUGGAGCCUGGCGGUACUACUGCUACCACAAGGCCAGACUGUGUUGUCUGGAGCCUGGCGGUACUACUGCUACCACGAGGCCAGACUGUGUUGUCUGGAGCCUGGCGGUACUACUGCUACCACAAGGCCAGACUGUGUUUUCUGGAGCCUGGCGGUACUACUGCUACCACGAGGCCAGACUGUGUUGUCUGGAGCCUGGCGGUACUACUGCUACCACAAGGCCAGACUGUGUUGUCUGGAGCCUGGCGGUACUACUGCUACCACAAGGCCAGACUGUGUUGUCUGGAGCUUGGCAGUACUUCUGCUACCACAAGGCCAGACUGUGUUGUCUGGAGCCUAUCAGUACUACUGCUACCACAAGGCCAGACUGUGUUGUCUGGAGCCUGGCAGUACUACUGCUACCACAAGGCCGGACUGUGUUGUCUGGAGCCUGGCGGUACUACUGCUACCACGAGGCCAGACUGUGUUGUCUGGAGCCUGGCAGUCCAAGCAGUGGUAGUGAUGACAUCCCCCUUCACCUGUCCCCUGUACCCCCCAGCCAGAGCAGCCCCCAGCCCCCCAACGCCCCUGCCCUCCACCGCCGCUCCGUGCAGCCCCCGGCCCGGGUCUCUCCCACAGUCCGAGGUAGACCAGCAGAUCGUGGUGGGUCAGAGGUCGGAGGUCAGGAGUGUGAGCGUGCCCUGGUGCAGAAGCUGAGAGAGCGCUGUGAGGACCAGGCUCGACAGCUCCUGUCUCUGCAGGCUGAACUGAAGAGGGCUUCUCUUGGACUAGAGGUGUUUGCCAUUACUACACAGCACUUCUGCCACAAGAGUGAGAGUGCCAUCCUGAAGGAGAGGGAACUGUCCCUGGAGCUUGCCAGGAUCAGGGAUGAAGUGGCCUCAAGUGUGUCGCGGUGGGAGAUUCUGCAGCAGGACAAGGGGGAGUUGGAGCGGAGGUUUGAGCGGGAGCUGGAGGGUCUGCGUGCCCAGCAGCAGAGUGAGCUGGGCCGGCUGGAGGAGAGACUGAGGCAGUAUCACAGCCUAGAGAUACAGCGCCUGGAGGCCCAACGACAGGAGCAGCUGGAGAGACUGAGGACACAGCAGCUGGAGCAGAUGGAGGAGGUGACGGAGAACCAUGAGGAGGCUCUGACUGAAAUGGAGAACAACCACAACGACACGCUGGUCACUCUCAAGGAGGAGCAUGCCAGGACUGUCAAAAACCUGAAGAUGGCCCAUGAGCAGCAGAGGAAGUCAUUGGAAGAGGACUUUGAGAAGCUCAGACUGUCGCUGCAGGACCAGGUGGACACGCUGACGUUUCAGAACCGCAGCCUGAGAGACCGAGCCAAGCGCUUUGAGGAGGCUCUACGCAGGAGCACCGACGAACAGAUAGUGGAUGCUCUGGCUCCAUACCAGCACAUUGAGGAGGAUCUGAAGAGCUUGAAGGAAGUUCUUUUAAUGAAGAAUCAACAGAUCCACGAACAGGAUGUCAAGAUCUCAGAGCUGGAGAGAAUGGCCCAAAAGAACGUGUUCCUGGAGGAAAGAGUGCAGAUGUUACAGCAGCAGAAUGAAGACCUGAGGGCCAGGAUAGACAAGAACCUAGCCAUGUCCAGACAACUCUCGGAAGAGAACGCCAACCUCCAGGAGUCAAUGGAGAAGGAGAGCAACGAGAAGAAACGCUUGAGUCGGAACAACGAGGAGCUGCUGUGGCGUCUGCAGAGCCCUCACAUGUCCCCCACCGGCUCCCCCAUCCACCGAGGCUCUCCCAUCCUCCACUCCUCCAACACCUCCUCCCCUGGUCACCACCGUUCCUCCGCUGGCCCUGGGUCACCCGCACGACCGCACUCCUACCACCAAUGAGACGCCUCUCCUCAAUGCCUUCCCAUCGUCUCCAUCUCCCUAAUCUCCUUUUCCAGAUGAGGGGGAUGAUGGAAGAGCAUUUCUUCCUCCCACUACAUCCCUUCAUCCAUCCACUGACUUCGUCCAUCCCACUGACUUCGUCCAUCCCACUGACUUCAUCCAUCCACUGACUUCAUCCAUUCACUGACUACAUCCAUCCACUGACUCCGUCCAUCCACUGACUUCAUCCAUCCACUGACUUCAUCCAUCCCCUGACUUCAUCCAUCCACUGACUUCACCCAUCCACUGACUCCGUCCAUCCACUGACUACAUCCAUCCACUGACUCCGUCCAUCCACUGACUCCGUCCAUCCACUGACUUCAUCCAUCCACUGACUUCAUCCGUCCACUGACUUCAUCCAUCCACUGACUCCGUCCAUCCACUGACUUCAUCCGUCCACCGACUUCAUCCGUCCACUGACUUCAUCCAUCCACUGACUCCGUCCAUCCACUGACUUCGUCCAUCCACUGACUUCAUCCAUCCACUGACUCCGUCCAUCCACUGACUUCAUCCAUCCACUGACUUCAUCCAUCCACUGACUUCAUCCAUCCACUGACUUCAUCCAUCCACUGACUCGUCUUGGGAAGUCCCUUCCUUUUUCUCUCCCUUUUUUUAAUAUGGAGGACGGAGGAACUUCUCCUUCUACCCACAACGUCUCUCCUUCCAUCCAUUCAUCCCCGGAACUCUGGGACUUUUCAUCCAUCAUUUUCCUCUUUAAUUUUUAUUCUCUUUAUUUAAUCAACGUUCUAUCCCGACGAGGGAGAAAUAUGUCUCCAUCCAGUCAACUCCAGAAACGUUUUCCCCCUUAGUGCAUAUUAGUGUCCCUAUCUAAGGAUAGUUGGCUUCAAUGCUGACCAGACCCGUUUGAGGGGGGGGGGGGGG